AUGCUUGGGUCAGGUAAUGUGUUGCCGGUAAAGAUACAACCUCCUUUGUUGAGACCGUUGGCUUAUCGAAUUCUAUCCAAGAAGUAUGGUUUAAAUAUAAAAUCUGAUGGGUUAGUUGCUCUGGCAGAGUUUAUUGGUGGUGCUUUUGGGAUUGAGUGGAAGAAGAGUGGAGAUACGAUAUUGUUUUUGGAGAGGUUUGCUACUAUUUGGAAACAGCAGGAGCGUGGGAUCUUUAUUGAUGCUAAUGGUGUGAAUGAGGUUAUAUCCGAGUUGAAAGAAAGAGAAAAAACUACUAUCAAGAAGAAGAGUGUCGAAGAGAGAAAGAGUGGUAAUGGGGGAGUCAAGACGUUGGAUAGCUUUUUGUUGCAGAAAGCUUCUACUCCUCUCGAUGAGGCUGAGGAUUCUGAAGUAGCAAUGGAACCGAAAGAUAAAAAUACUAUGGAUCUAGAGGAUGAUGAAUCAAGGGCUUCUUCAACAUCCCCGGUGGUUCUCGAGACAGAUGAAGUCACUGAAGAUGAAAUGGAGGUUGAAAAUGUACAAGAAGAAGAAGAGAACGAGGAUGAGGAUGGGGACGUUGAAUUGGAUUGGAGAAAUUAUUUCAAAGUGAUCAACGCUUCAGAACAACAGAGGUUUUCUUACGAUCCAUACAAAUUACAAUUUGUAUUUCAACCUAGUUUUAGAAAGGCCAAUCUGGCUCAAAAUAGUUAUAAUAAUAACAACAAUAGUACCCGUCUACAGAGUUUGAAUCAAUUGAGGUUGCCAGAUGUUGAUUCUAAGAUUUCAAUCUUCCCGACCAGAUAUAAUCUGAUUAGAGAUAGGAUUAUGAGAAACGAAGCCUUCCAAAAUGAUACAAAUUUUAACCCAUUAUCUUCAAUGAUUUCGAUGAAAAAUGCCAUGAAUUCAAAUGAAAAUAGCAUCGCUUCUGGUAUGUCAUUGACUUUAAUUAAAAAUCUAUUGGGAAGAAACGGGAAAAACUUCCUUUUACUGGGGUUGAUUAAGAAAAAUUCAAAAGGUAAAUGGGCUUUAGAAGAUACAUCUGGUGUAGUAGAAAUAGAUUUAACACAAGCAAUACCAACAAGUGGAGUUUAUUACGUCCCUGGAUGUAUCGUAUUAGUUGAGGGUAUCUAUUUUACCUCUGCUAAUACCUUUCACGUUAGUUCAAUUACUCAUCCACCAGCAGAAAAACGUGAAAUAACUCUAGAAGCAAUUGGUAAUAUUGAUUUAUUAGGAGUACACGGAAUUUCAACUCCAAAUUAUAUAGCAAAAUUGGAUUCAAAUUUAAAGUUAAGAUUACAUUUUUUGGAAAAAGAAUUAAUUGAUCAUAAAUUUUUAAUACUGGGAGGUGAUUUGUUUUUGGAUGAUAUGAAUACCAUAUCAGCUUUACGUAAACUUUUCACAAAAAUUAACGAUGAUCCGCCAACAGUUAUAAUAUUCCAAGGUUCAUUCUCUAGCACACCGGUUCAUGCAUCAACUCAAAAUAAUGGUAUAAGUUCAACCAGUCGAUAUAAAAAUGGAUUUGAUACAUUGGCAACAUUAUUGUCGCAAUUUGAUUACUUAACUGAGUCUUCAACUAUGAUAUUUAUACCCGGUGCCAAUGAUCCUUGGAGUUCGAUGGUUUCUUUAGGGGCUACAAGAAUUUGGCCCCAGAAAUCAAUCCCAAAUUAUUUCACACAAAGAAUUAAUAGAGUCUGUAAAAACGUCAUUUGGGGUUCUAACCCGACUAGAAUUGCAUAUUUAGCACAAGAAAUUGUUAUAACAAGAGACGAUAUAGCUGAAAGAUUCAAAAGGAAUAGCAUUUAUCUCCCUGCUGUGGAGGAAGCCAAAAAAGAAGAACUUUUGAUACAGCAGGAAAAGGAAAGAGAAAGAUUAAUAAAUGAUCCAGACAAUAUUCAACUAGAAACAUUAAGUAUAGAACAAAAUAAACUUCCCGCUAAAGUUAAAGAGUCCAGAAAAAUUGUUAAAACAAUUUUGGAUCAAGGUCAUUUAUCUCCAUUCUUGACAUCUAUAAAACCGGUCAUGUGGGAUUUGGAUCAUGCUUUAACUUUAUAUCCAAUCCCUUCGACUUUAAUAGUUACUGACCUAUCAGCACCACCAUAUGAGGUUACUUACAACGGUUGUAAAGUACUUAACCCAGGCAUAUUUAUAAACAAUAGACGUGCAAGGUACUUAGAAUAUUGUCCUGCUUUAAAGAAAGCAACACAGGAGGAAUUAUAUUUUUAA